AUGCAGCUGCUCGUGCGUGGUGACCGUACCUGCGUGGUAGAGGUCGGGCAGGGUGCCACCGUGCAGACGCUGCUGCAGGCAGCCUGCGACCGGGAAGGUUCCGUCCCGGCCCACGCCGCGCGCCUGAUCCACGGCGGUCGCGCCCUGGAUGCCGACGCAUCCCUUGCCUCCUAUGCCAUCGCGUCUGGGGCCACGCUGCAGCUGGUGUCCCGGCUGCGGGGCGGGGCGGGGGGCCUCACCGUGCACCCCCGGCUGCAGCGGGAGCGCUGGAGCCUAUACUGGAAGGAGACCAUGGCCACCACCACCGACCUGCUGGACGACAUUGCCCUGGACCUGGACCCCGUCACGGCCACCCCCGCGGACGUGCUGACGGCCACCGCGGCAGCCCAGGGCUGGGCCCCCGUCGCCGACCUGCUGGCGCUGGAGGGAUUUGAGGGCCCCUGGGAGCGCCUGCUGUUCCAGGGCCGGGAGCUGGAGGCCGGAACCCCGCUCACGGAGCAGGGUGUGCCGGCCGGCGCGGAGCUGACGGCGGUGCGCCUCGCCCUCGUCGCCGAGGGCUGGAAGAUCCAGGCGGACGACGACGACCUGUCCUCCAGCAGCGACGACGAGGCCGCCUUUGUGCAGCUCCACGCGCAUCAGCGCACGGGGGUCAGGGCGCAGUGA